AUGUCUGCCGCAUCGCCAUUACGACAACUUCCCUCACGGUCGCUGGGAUCCUGGACUUGCCUGUCAUGCUCUCGCUCGCUCCAUAGGAUACCGCGCCCCCGCAAUCCCGCCUUGACCGCACGAAGAUGGAUGAACAGCACAAAUCCCGCGCGGCAGCAUGGCACCGUGCCAAGAAUGGACCAGAUGCAUGCGCAAUAUAAGAUGAAGAACCGCACAGUCAUGAACUAUGUCUUCAGUGUGAUAAUAGGCUUCACAGCGCUUAGUUAUGGCUCAGUGCCGUUUUACAAGAUGAUCUGCCAGGAAACCGGUUGGGGAGGCCAGCCCAUAAAAUCAGCGGCCCACGGCGGCGAUACUUCCGUCGAUCCCUCCGAGCGCCUAAAGCCCGUCGAACACCACCCACGUAUCCGAAUUACAUUCAACGGCUCCGUAUCCGACGUCCUACCGUGGAAGUUCGUUCCUCAACAACGCGAAGUCCGAGUCCUCCCCGGCGAGACCGCUCUCGCUUUCUACACCGCGACCAACAAAUCGUCAGAAGAUAUCAUUGGCGUAGCUACAUAUUCUGUCACACCAGGACAGGUCGCCCCAUACUUCAGCAAGAUCCAAUGUUUUUGCUUCGAAGAGCAGAGAUUAAAUGCUGGGGAAACGGUGGACAUGCCCGUCUUCUUCUACAUCGAUCCCGAAUUCACAAAGGAUAUUAACAUGAAGGGUAUUGCGACCGUCACACUGAGCUACACGUUCUUCAAGGCGAAGUACGACAAAGACGGACAUUUGACGCCUGUUCCUAUGUGA